UGUAGUUAUUGUUGUUUUAACUGACAGGCGGCGCGAGGCAGGACUGGAAAGUCAGCGAGGACUUGUGACGGCUGAGAAGUUGACAACAGGUCGCCGAGAGAUUCCGAUGGCGUCGGCCAAUUAGCGAGUGGCAGUCGGAGGAGAGGGUAACAGUCAAGCCGAAGGAGAGAUAGUAGUAGUAGUAGUAGUAGUAGUGGUAGUAGUAGUAGUAGUAGUAGUAGUUGUGGUGGUGGUGGAGGUAGUAGUAGUGAAAGAAGGAGUUGGUCAUACAAAUCUUCCGCAGAUGUGUGCUGAUAUCGAAACAGGAGGCACAGAUCUUCAGAUUUGAGAUAAUACAGACAAAGCUGGCAAAGUGAUUUAUACAACAAUGACCUCAAGAUUCCACAUUCUGGUUACCUCUAUUUCCAGGACUCAUACCAUGUUGUAUAUCACCUGUAUGUGGCUUAUAUCACUUUCUGUCCAGAGUGACGGGCUGAUGGAGUGGAGUAAAUGGUCGCAAUGGAGUGAUUGUACAAAAACAUGUAACCGGGGAGUUUCUCAGAGGCGAAGGCAAUGCAACGAAAAUCCUAAUGCUGUAAGAUCGACAUCACAUUUGGAAAGAUGCCCGGGUCACUACAGACAAUAUAUCGUCUGUAAUACAGAGAAAUGUCCGACUCCAGAACCGGAUUACCGAAAAGAGCAAUGUGAGAAGUUUAAUACACGGAGAUUUGCUGGGAAAAGCUAUAUAUGGAAAUCUUUUAUUGACCCUCGAGAUAGGUGCACAAUCUCUUGUCGACCAGUUGGAUUCAGUUUUUAUGCCCGAAUUGUAAGUGGUGUUCCCGAUGGAAGCAUCUGUUUCCCAACAUCAGAUCAUAUUUGUGUAAAUGGUCUCUGCAAGAAAAUUGGUUGUGACAAUAUUGUUGGAUCUGGAAAAGAAUUCGAUCGAUGUGGGGUAUGUGGGGGUAGAAAUGAAACUUGCAAUAUUAUGAAGGGGUUCUAUACCCCACCCAAUCUACCCUCAGGAUAUAACACAAUUCUCAACCUCCCUAAAGGGGCCUGCAAUAUCAACAUCACAGAAACGACAGCCAGUCGUAACUUGUUGGCCUUAAAAACUUCUGAUGGGACUUAUAUAUUGAAUGGCCACUGGAGAAGAAGUUCUCCUGGUUUAUAUAAAACCUCUGGUACAGAAAUUCACUAUAAAGAAUAUGCUGGUAAGAAAUGUGUAGGAGAGUGUAUUUACACAAAAGGCCCAACGAAACAUACUUUGAUGCUAGAGCUGUUAGUCUAUGACAGAAACCCAGGAAUAUUUUAUGAAUAUUCCAUACCAACUGGAAUGGUUCCAAAGAUACUUGAUAAAAUGAAAAGUGAUGUUUCAGAAAGGGUUAAUCCAUCGGAAUCUCAGCAUCAUGGUCAACGGUCACACCGUAAUCAUCACUAUUCCCAUCAUCGUCAACAUCAUCGUCAGGACAGUGAACACCAGAAUUUCUUGGGUACAAAGCUUCUCAGUAAUUCUAGGAAUAUUAACAGACGUCCUGGACCUUACUAUAUUCCUUCAUUUGACUCAAACCAAGCUCUUGGUUCAUCAUCUGGGAGUGCAAAUUCAGGAUAUAAAUGGAACUCUAAUCUUAGAGCCAGUCGUCGGAGACCCUAUCCUCACCACCAAAAUCAAUAUUCUAGAAUUAUUUCUUCAAAAAUCAACAAUUCAACUACUGGUCGAGAGAAGCACCACAAACCUUACCUAAACAAUCAAGGCAAUAGAAUCAGUGGUUCGCGUUAUGCUGCUUACAGAACUUCUAAUCGACAGUAUUUCUCAGCCAGCAAGUUUUACUCCAAUCAUACACGUUAUCGUAAUAACCUUCAUAAACCAGAACAAAGGCAGCAUCAUUCUAAAUUACAAUUAACUAAAGUGCACAAUAAUGUUCCUGUGGUGCCUAAUUCAAACACAGGGACAUCAGAUCAGUUGGAAGUUAUUUACACAUGGAAUAUUGUGGGAUUUACCAAAUGUUCUGAGCCAUGUGGUGGAGGAACACAGGAAACCAAAAUUGUUUGUGUGAAGACCAACUCAAAGACCAUAGUAACAGAUGCUAACUGUAACCCUUUUACAAAGCUACCCACCCAGACAACUGUCUGCAACACAGCUCCUUGUCCUGCACGGUGGACACCAGGAGAAUGGUCAAAAUGCAGUUUGACCUGUGGAGAAGGACAAAUGACACGGCAAGUGGAAUGCAAGCAGAAAUAUUCAAAAACAUUUUUCAAAAGAGUGUCUGCAUCAGCAUGCCUUAACCAAACUCGUUUGAUAACUGUGAAAAAAUGUCAGAAUAAACCCUGUUCACAAUGGGAAAUUAAAGAAUGGUCAAAGUGUUCAGUUGAGUGUGGUCUUGGACAACGUAGUCGAAAAGUGACAUGUAUGUCAGCUGAUGGUAGAGUAAUUCCUGACUAUGAAUGUCGUAAAACCAAACCUUCAACUUCAGAAGUUUGCAAUAUGGGCUCCUGUGCCAAAACUUGGUUUUUCACAGAAUGGUCAAAAGAGUGUUCCUCUUCCUGUGGUCAUGGAGUCCUUCGACGCAAAGUUCACUGUUCAGCUGAUGAUGGUAGCAGCUUGGAAGACAUCAAGUGUAAAUUAAAUGAGAAACCAAAGUCAGAGAAGUCUUGUAAGAAUGACCAGCCUUGUGGUGGUUUAUGGUUCACAGGGCCAUGGUCUGAAUGCUCUGCCACUUGUGGUCAAGCCUUUAAAAUACGCAGUGCUGCAUGUGUUAAAAAGUUGCAUUCUACAUCAUUUGUUGUGGUUAGUCCAAAGAACUGCGUGAAAAAAGACAAACCAGCAACAAAAGAACCCUGUCUUACAAUGCCAGCAUGUCCUGCCCAAUGGCAUAUGACAGAAUGGACACAGUGCUCAGCUAGUUGUGGUACAGGUUCUAAAACACGAGAAGUGAAAUGCAUGGACAGCCACUUGCGACACAGUACAUUGUGCAACCCUGAUAGACGACCUAUCACAAGACAAAGCUGUAAUUCUCACUCCUGCAACCAGAAACCACUAAACACAGAUCCAUCAUGCCAGGAUCAAAUAAAGUUGUGUCACCUUGUUGUACAGGCUCGUCUCUGUUCUUACAAGUACUACCAAAGGAAAUGCUGUGAAACUUGCUACAAACAUCGCGUACAUCACAAACACCAUCAUUCUUCUUAACAACUCUUCAAGCUUCCUUGUUAUUUUGUAUGCUUUGUUUACUUCAGCAAUUAAACUCAGUAGUAAAUAGAUGUCAUCAAUCCUUGAAUCAACUAUGAUGAUAUACAAUAUAUAAAACUUUAUAUUGAAACUUUGUCAAACAUCACUGUUUAAAUAUCCCUCUUCCUUAUGAUUCUUGGCUAUGUGUUCUAGCCAACAUUUAUCUGUGCCUUCAUCU